CAGACACAAUUUUAUACGGUAAUGUGCAUUUCUUAUGUGUAAUUAUUAAGUUAAACUGCCAAAAUGAUGCAAGAAUACGACGAUGAUUUCUUCUUUGAGGAGGACAAAAUGUAUGUUCGUUUAAAAAUGCUAUAGUAUCAGUGUUUUAUCAUAACAUCCUUUUGUUUUCAGUGUUAUCACUUUAGUUCAGCUUUGUUGUGUUGUGCGCGAGUUAUGUACCAGAGAAGCGAUUCCUUUACUGAUCCCAGGUUUUAUCCACAACGCAGUAUGUCUAUGUUUGAAGACAGAAUCGAUAACAAUCUUGGAAACCUUAAAACUGAUUUGCUAUCUAUACGCGAAAGUGUGCUAAUUAAUAUGGAAGAAAAUGACAAGAUUGAAUCCGAUGCUAUUCUCGUUGAAAAAAUACAUGAAGGACUUGAAAACGCCGAUUGUAUUUUCAACGAUCUUAGAAAGGAAAGAUACAUGAUACAGCAUCAGAAUUUGAUGGGUAUGACAGUAACGUCAGGAAAUGUAGUGUUGAACAAAGAUGAGAAAAAUCUCAUAGGCAUCAGCAUCGGAGGAGGUGCACCCCUAUGUCCUUGCCUAUAUAUCGUACAGAUAUUUGAUAAUACACCAGCAUCUAAAGAUGGGACACUCCAGAGUGGAGAUGAACUGGUAGGGGUUAAUGGACAAACUGUUAAGGGAAAGACGAAAGUAGAAGUAGCUAAGAUGAUACAAUCAGCUAAGGAUACAGUGACAAUCAACUAUAACAAACUGCACGCGGAUCCAAAACAAGGCAAAUCGUUGGACAUAAUAAUGAAAAAGGUGAAACAUAGACUGGUAGAGAACAUGUCCACAGGUACAGCAGAUGCUCUUGGGCUAUCUAGAGCUAUAUUAUGCAAUGACACGCUAGUUGCAAAGUUAAACGAGAUGCGAGAGACUGAAAAUACUUACAAGAAAUUGGUUGAACACGCAAAAAGAAUGCUAAAAUCAUAUUUCGACCUUCUCCAAACUUACAAAUCCCUAGGGGACAUAUUUUCUGGUAUCGGUGUAAGAGAACCACAAGCAAGAGCGUCUGAAGCUUUCACGAGAUUUGGACAGUACCACAGAUUGCUAGAGCGAGACGGAAUUAAAAUGUUGAAAUCUUUAAAACCAAUUUUAGCAGAUAUGGGCACAUAUCUCCACAAAGCCAUACCAGAUACAAAGCUUACGAUACGCAAAUACGCCGAUACGAAGUUCGAGUAUUUGUCCUAUUGCCUGAAAGUUAAAGAAAUGGACGACGAGGAAUACGGUUACAAUGCAUUGCAAGAGCCCUUAUAUAGAGUUGAAACUGGGAACUAUGAAUACAGGUUGAUCCUCCGUUGUAGACAAGAUGCUAGAACCAGAUUCGCCAGACUGAGGUCGGAUGUUUUGGUUAAGCUGGAAUUAUUAGACAAUAAGAAGACUCAAGACGUUGCCUAUCAAUUGCGACGAUUUAUACAGGGGUUGGCUGUGUAUCUCAACGAGACUGUGGUUCAUCUAAAAGAAAACUCGUCCCUUUUCCCAGUCGAAGUUGAUCUUUCCCAAAACGCAUUCCAGUACAAAUCUACAGAACAAAUUUUACAGGAUAGUCAAGAUGAUGAUGAAGAAAUAGAAUUCGGCAAAGAAAUACAAGAAUACCACGAUAUAUCUGACGAAGAAACCAAAGACUCUAAAGUCGCUAACCGGCUACAAACAAAAGACAAAGACGAUACAGACUCAUCCGAACAGCUGCUCCCAGGAUUAACAGCUUUAGCUCUUGACAGCGAUAGCAAUGAUAAUGCCAAAAAUGACAGUGAAAACUUGACUUUGUUGACAGAAUUAGGUCUAGUCGAUACUCGUACGGACGAUUUCGGGGAUUUCCAGAAUGGACUGUUAGACGAAUUUCUGCCGAAAAGCAAUAUGGGUUUGACCGACGAUGUUUUUGAUAAGUUACUCAAUGAUUUGAAUAUUAGAAAUUAAAGAAAGAUAAAAGAUUUAAAGUUAAAUCUUAUCAGGUUAAGAAGUUUGUAUGUUUGUAUGUAUGUUUUAACGCAUUAAUCGCGGGAAACACUAAUUAAUCUGUUUCUAUCACUUUGUUUUGGGUUCAGUCUUGCUAGUAGGUACUUAUAGAUAUAUUAAUCAAGUGUUUUGCAUUGUUUAAGUUCACCUAUCGAUUGCCUUUGAAGAGGAGAUUUCAAAAUAUUAUA